CAGCCUUACGUUUCCAUGCUACACUAUUAAUCGCUUUAUAAAGAAGUUUCAUUCAUACCCAUUAUAUUUAAAAGCAAUGAACAGGCAAGAAUCUCUACUCUCCGCAUCCCGCCGGCAGACACCGCCGCCGCCGGAGAAACGGCGCCGUCGAGAAAAACCCAUCGGUUGCAUGUCUGGAAUCUUUCAGCUCCUCUCCAAAUACCAAAACAAAACGAAACGCCUUACAUUUGGCAGAAAGAGAGAGAAAUACUGUGAAGAAACAUCUCCGGCCGCUCCAGAAAAGGUGAUAGUCAUGAAUGAUGAUCAUAAUAAGGAAGUAAGAAUACAAAGAAGCCCGGGCCUUUCGCCGGAGAUCCGCCGGGAAAACGCUAAAGGCAGACCGGCAUUGGUGCAGCGGCUGAUGGGGUUAGAGGAGAACCAGUCGCCGGCGCCGGAAUGUGAACUAUCGUUGACGGAGGUGAAGAGAAAGAUGUUGCUGCAAGCCUUAGAGAAGUGCAACCAAGACUUGGAAGCGCUUAAGAAAAUUAUACAGUCCGUGGAGUCGUCGACGUCACCGGCGUCUCCGCGGCUGCCGCCGGCGUGCUCCAAGAGAUGUACGGAGCAUCAGGUUUUGAGUCCGAUCAGUGUGUUGGACGAGCAGAUGAUAAGUCGUUCGCCAAAUUUGACCAGAAGUCAAGAUACUGAAGCAUUGUGCACAGCACAAGCAACGCACAAUGUAGCCAUAGAUGGAAGUAUCAACUCUAUCCUCAAGAAAUUGAAAACAAGUCACUUCCGAACAAAGCGGGAAGAAGUGAUUGUCUCAUCUCCGGUGAAGUGGCGCAGCAAAGCAGUGGUCAAGAGUGUGGAGGAAGUUUGCAGAGACAUAGCUUGUGGUGAGCAUGGAGAGGCUAGAAAAAUUGGAGUGCUUUUACAAGAUUAUAUAUGCAAAGAGUUGAUUCAAGAACUAGUUAAAGAGUUGGGCUACUCAAAGUACUCUCCUUGGAAGCAUUCUCUUCCCUUUGAGGCAUGUAGGAGAAGGCUUUGUCUCUAAACCCAAACCCAGAUAAACCAACAAGUGUGUCAGUGUGUGUGUGGGCUUUGUUUUCUCAUUUUUACACUUCUAUUUGUAGACAAUAGUAUCUGUAAACAUACCAUAACAUUAUAUAGUUUAUUGAUUGAUAUAGUUUAUCA